CACCUCCCACAAUGCAUUGCGCUUCCAACAUGGCGUCUCACCUCGCAGUGUGACAUUUGUCAACAAGACCAAACCGUUGCUAAAGGAAUAAAGGACAGUGCACCGAGGUACUGACAUCACAGAGAGGAGGAUGAAACUGCUGCUGACGGUGUUGAGACGAACCCAGAAACCGGCUCUGUACCGCGGACACCGGAACCGGAGUCUGAGCUCCUCUCCCAGCAGCGGCCUCUCACCUGUCCGGGAUGACGCUCUGGUCGUCGGGUCAAGCCAGGAGCUCGUGCGGAGACUCGGCUCGCAGGUGGAGGUGAGGACGAGCUUCAUCACGGAGGAGGAGGAGGGGGCUUUUCUACAGGAGCUGGAGCCUGGCCUGAAGAAGAAGCGUUAUGAAUAUGACCACUGGGACGAUGCGAUUCACGGGUACCGAGAGACGGAGAGAGCGAGGUGGGGUGCGGCCUGUGAGGAGGUCUUGAACCGUGUCCGGUCCUCCGCCUUUCCUGAGGGUAGUCAGCUCCUCGGGCCGGUGCACAUUUUAGAUCUGGACAAGAACGGCUUCAUCAAGCCUCACAUCGACAGUGUCAAGUUCUGUGGUAGCACCAUCGCCGGGUUGAGUCUCCUGUCUGACAGUAUCAUGCGCCUGGUGAGGGAGGAUAACAGCAGUGAAUGGUUGGACCUGCUGUUGCCGCGACGCUCCCUCUACAUACUGAGGGAUGAGGCGAGAUAUAACUUCACUCACGAGAUCCUGAAAGAGGAAGACUCUGUGUUCAGUGGACAGCUAGUGCCCCGUCUGCGCCGUAUCUCCAUCAUCUGUCGGAACCUCCCGGGUUAAAUCCCGCUUGGACUCAAAUUGAAACACUGACAGAACAAAACCUGAAUUUUGAGGACUGUUAUCUUUAUUCAAAAAAAAUGAAGCGGUUAAUCCUCAUUCUAUUUAAUGCAAGUGUCAAACUGAGAUACUCUUCACACUGCACUGUUGUGUUGUCAGCUCACGCCUGUCAAAGUAUGUAUUACACUCAAGAUCAAGAUCGCUGAAUGAGCCAAUAACUGUUUCCCGUGGAGCAGAAGCAACAGCUGAUUUAAAGUAAACAUGUUUCUGCACAACUCUACACAAACACUGAAUCAUCUUGGCUUAAGAUUAAAGAUAAAUUCAGUUAUGAAUCACAGCAGGAAUGUUCAAUAUUGAUGUAUAAAAUAUCAGUUUAUGAGAUCUUUUUUCAACGGAGCCUGCUGCAAACCCUUUGAUUUUGACAUUUAUUUUGUGUCUCUCUACUUCUGUAUAAUACAGACUCUUUGUGAAUAAUUUACAAAUAAAGCUUGGCUGUAUAAAG